AAAACGAAAGACACAGCAGCUGAAAGGCAGAAAACUUCAAGUGGGCAAGCUAAUAUUUGCUUUUAUUCAUUCAGAACUUUGUCUUGAUUACCACUUCACAGUCAGACGGCAUGGAGAGAAGACUCAUGCUGGUGCCUCCAUCCAGCUUUGUAUCAGAAAUGGAACUAAACGGCACGUUGAGCAGUCACAACAGCAGCAGAGAUUGCGCAAUCAAAAAUUUCAAGAAAGAUUUUUAUCCAAUCGUGUACUUGAUAAUAUUUGUCUGGGGAAUUUUGGGAAAUGGAUUUUCUGUAUACAUUUUCCUGAAACCUUAUAAGAAAUCCACAUCUGUGAACGUUUUCAUGCUAAACCUGGCCAUUUCAGAUCUCCUGUUCAUCGUCACACUGCCCUUCAGGGCUGACUACUAUAUCAGAGGCUCCAAUUGGAUCUUUGGGGACUUGACCUGCAGGAUCAUGUCUUACUCUUUGUACGUCAACAUGUACAGCAGCAUUUACUUCCUGACGGUGUUGAGUGUUGUGCGUUUCCUGGCCACUGUUCACCCUUUCCGGCUUCUCCACAUCACCAGCAUCAGAAGUGCCUGGAUCCUUUGUGGGAUCAUUUGGCUUUUCAUCAUGGCUGCCUCCAUCGCACUUCUAGGUACCGGCUCUGAGGAGAAAGGCAAUGUCACAUCGUGCUUUGAGCUGAAUCCCGAGAAGAUUAAUAAACUGCAGACCAUGAACCACCUAGCUUUGGUGGUGGGCUUCCUGCUGCCACUGUGCACACUCACUGUCUGCUACCUGCUCAUCAUCCGGGUCCUACUGAAGGUGGAGAUCCCAGAAUCGGGACUGCGGGCUUCCCACAAGAAGGCACUGAUUACCAUCAUCAUAGCCUUGAUCAUCUUCCUCGUGUGUUUCCUGCCCUAUCAUGUGCUGAGGACUCUCCAUCUGCUCACGUGGAAGAUGAGCAUGUGCGGAGAAGCACUGCACAAAGCUGUGGUCAUCACACUGACCCUGGCGGCCACCAACAGCUGCCUCAAUCCUCUGCUCUACUACUUUGCUGGGGAGAACUUUAAGGACCGCCUAAGGGCUGUGUUCAGAAAAAGUCCUUCUCAGGAGGCAGAGACCAAGUUCAGCUUUCCUGUUUGCACGUGGUUGAGGAAACAAACAGGGGUGUGAGGAGCUAUUGGGUAAGGCCUGUUCUGGCACCUUUGGCUUUACUUCCGUUCGCUCAACAAUUCCAGAUGGCUUGGUGUUUACAGACUUCCCAACAAAUAUCUUAUCACAACACUUAGUUGAUUAUGACUUUUGUCAAUAAGACCUACAUUAAAAAUGUUAGGUGUAUUUGCAGUUCUUUGAUCCAAAUGGGAGUGAU